AUAUAUACAUAUUGGUACGAGGGUGACUCACAUCCCUCAGCAAGUCACGCGGUCUCGGCCCCAUCGUGUCGUGUUGUAUUUCACUUCGCCAUCGCCAUGAGCCUUACUGCAGUCGUCGAGGCUCGCUCCAAUACGAGCUCUGCUCUUUUAACGCCAAGAAAGAAGAGACGACUUAUUUCAGAACCGCUGACGAUUGUGCCUUCAACUGCAGAAAUCUACAAAUGGGUCUUCUCCUCCAAUGCAAUUGCGCCCUGCUUCAUCUGUGAUAUACGUGUGAUGAAACGACACAAAGAAAAAGGGGAGGAAUUCUGGUGGCUCAAGCGAUUACCGUGUCGAACCAUCAAAAUCAUUGGCCUAAUCGUCGGGAUACAGCAAUACGAGAAGCGAAUUUCAUACAUAGUGGACGACGGCACUUCUGUAAUUGAAUGUGUGCACAAGUGCAGCGCGCCACCACCAUCUCCUGCUAAAGCAGGCAAGCCGAAGAGAUCUAAUUAUGUAAAUGAUCCAGCACUCCCGAAACCUGUCGCGUGGAUAGGGCAUACAGUAGAAAUUGUGGGUCGAAUCUACGAGUUCGAAGCCAAGGAGUCAACGGAAGAAUAUAGUAAAAGAACAAGAGAAGUACGUAGGCAGAUUCAGGUGCAGGAGAUAAUGAAUGAUAAAUUUCGACAUUGGCAAACCGUGCUAGAUUUGCACAAGAACAAUUAUUCUUUACCAGAGCCAUUUACUAUUCCCGGGCCUACACCAUCUCAACGCUCUGAAAUCUCGACGCCACCGACUACCACCUCGAUUAGGACCACUACAUCCUCAUCUUCUGCUUCUACCUCAGCAUCUAUCUCAUCCGCAAGUUCAAGUCCCGUCAAGUCAGAAAUUUCCUAUCAAUCACCCAGAAAGCUUCGUCAUCCAUCGCGAUUACAUACUGCUGAUCUCACAGGAAAUACGUUUCGGAUCUACAUCAAGCACUAUAUGGAUAACCCACCGACCUCGGAAGAGUCAGACGUUGAGAGCGACUUUUCGGAUGGUGAUGACGCCAGCGUCUCCGGACCUUCGACACCCACCAAACGACCCCUCCAUCGUGAUCAAACUCCCCGCUGCCCUCGCCGUCCGUUGCAUGCGGCGGAUGAGACGCCACGUCCGACUCGACCGCUAAUAUAUUCAAUAUCUUCGUCCAGGAAGGGCUUCACAUUAUCCUAUCUUCGUCGCGUUCCAGAGCUUUCUGAAUUGGCACGUAGAGUCGUCAAAGCUGAAGCCAAAAGACGCGACCGAGAAGUCAAAAAGAAAGCCAAAGAUGCCGCAACAAACCAGAGUCGCUCCCAAAGUCACAAGGCUCAAAUUUCUGAAGCUACUACCUCUUCGACGAACUCCUUGGGAGAUUCCAUUUCUUCUCGGAUGAAGAGGUUAUGGAAGUGGGCCAUUAUCCAACUCAUUCAAGAAGGUAGUAUCAUUUUAUGGGAUGGUCCUAGAUUUCCCCCCGCUUCGAGGUUGUUCGAUUAUAGCAUGAAUAACAGGAUAUGGAAGUUAUGCUCUUCUACUGGCAAUACAACGGUCACUAAUGAUGUCUCGGUGUUCUCAUCCUCCUUGGGGCAAGAGCCUGAAGAAGACUUCGACUUGUCAGAUCCUGAUCCUGACGAAGAAGCGUAUGUCGCCCUUACGGCCGAGCUGUUAGCUGGGGAAGUCCAGCGAGUUGUGCAGGCCUGGGUAAUGGUUCGUCCAUUUACAGAGUCACCUAAAUUUACAAAGAACGGUAUACUUCAACGACUGCGAAGAGAUGAUCGAUGGCGGAGAGUAGGAGAAUGGCAUGUGGAAGAGGCAAUUGAAUUGCUGGUGUCCAAAGGGUCACUAUUCCAGAUUUCGGAAAAUGUAUGGGGACUUCCAUCUAGACUUUUACCGUGAUUAAGAUGAAAUUUCGUUCGUGCUCGAAGCGCCAGACUAUUAAAGCUUUACGAAAAACAAUCCAAAACGAUAGUUGUGAUUACA